AUGGAUUCCCCGAUAUUGUCUAGCCCGACGAAAAUCCUCAACCGUCUUUCACCAGAGCGGAUGAACCAGCAAUUUGUUCCAAGUUCGCCAUCACGAGCCUCAGACCUUCAGCAACGAAAGAAGACAAGGGGCAUGUCGGAUGUUCAAGCGCGGGUUGCGUUCCUGAACAAUCUCUCCCGGGGAAACAGCCCAGCAAAUGCAGCACAACCAGCAACUUCAGCCAGUGUCGCCGCGGCUCUCCAGAGAGCAAUUCUUGGCCGUGAAGAAGCGGAAUCAGCUCUUGCCAGUGUUUCGGCUCAGCUGACCGAGGCACAAUCACGAGAACGGCGGAUCAGCGAGCGACUCGAAUCUCUAUUGGAGGAGUUGCAAUCGGCUAAGGAACGACAAGCGCAUGAGCGAUCGGUCUUCGAGAAAGAAAUCAGAAAGGCAAGGAAGGAGGCUUUCCGCGCGGGGUCCGCGCUCGUGAAAUUACAAGAAGAUCUCAAACAUGCACGCAUGGAGGCCAAGGGAUUAAAGGAGGAAGUUCAGUUCGAGCGAGAGGCGAAAGAGCAAGCUAAGCAAGAAGCGUUUGAAAGAGCAUACGCACUCGCUGGCUUAACGGAGGAAUUGGAGGUUCUGAAAGGGCGUUUGCGAAAUGUCGAAGCCAACAAUCAUUCCGACAACCUCGAAGCCCAGGCAAAGAAAAUACACAGCGAGAGUAUCGGAAGGGUAUCUUUAGUAGAAGGGGACCUCGCAUUCUUGACUACACCCACACCGCGUCGACCAAAGAGACCCGCGGAGGAUUCUAGGAUAUCACCAUUUGUGAAAUCAACGGACCAGACACCGACCCAGGAUACGCCUCCAAAGAGGGUGAGACUCUCGGAUGUCGCCCCUCAGCAAGAGGAUCGAAAUAUAACUCUAUCUUCUACCCGACAUGAGAUGAUUGAUGAUCUUGAAGAAGCGCUCAAACAGGAAAAGAAGUUGAGGCUCGAUGCUGAGGACAUGAUUGAAUUCUUGAGAAUGGAGUGCGAAUUCAAACGGUGCUCUUGUCGUCUCGCAGAGGAAGAAGAAGAAGCAAUGCAUAUUCAUGUCUCCAGACUGGACAAUAUCGAAGUCAAGGACGAGCAUGAGCCUACAAUGGAACAGGACCAUCAGAAUAGCCACGUCGUUCAAUCCCAAGAGCUCAACCAACCGGAUCUACCUUUCAGCCCUCUCCCGAAAUCGCAGCAUACCAACAACCAGAGAGGCGAUGAACAGCCAGAAGAGCUUUUGAUAACUUUCUCACCUGUUACGGGAACAUUCAAGUCAGUCCCGUCUCCUGCUCGAUCGCCGGCAAAGCACCCACAAAGUGAAGCAUUGGGUGCACAUCAAUUGCUCGGUAGCCCGCUUGGGGCGCAGCGCUUUAAUCCCCAAGGGUCACCCUUUGAAUCCAUCAUGGAAGCAGAGGAUCCAAUUCACGCUUUUGCUCCAGGACUUGAACCUUCUCCGACUCAUAUUCAAGUUCCCUGGGACUCCCCUAUGCCAAGAUACAGCAUGGAAGAUGCCCAAACAACUCCAGGGCAAUCGGAUGGAUAUUUGGCCUCUCAUUCCGUUCCUCUGCCGGGAAUGUCCAUUGAUAGGGAGCAGGCGCUAGCACAGAUUCGAGCACGCAGAGGAAGAACCAACACUAUAAAAAGAUCCGUUAGCGCUAAUGAGGCUACUCUUCUCUCUGCCGGAACGGGAGUCACACCCGCACGGGGUGCCCAGAGAAUACCUGGUGUUCAAAAUUCAGCGAUGAGAAUUGAUAGAGAUAAGGGACCUCGACGCGACAUGAGUGCACCGGUCAGAAUGCUCCAUCGGUGA